CUGUGUGUCGUUUCUGGUACUGGUAUUUAGUGGCAGAGUGAGACCUCUCUUUUCUUCUGCACUUAAGUGGUUGAUUCGACAGGCAAACUCAGUGUCUGGGAGUUUUGUUUAUUCGUGCUCAGCUAACAGCUCGUAAUAAACGCCAUGCUUGCAGUAAGAAGCGCUUUCCGUCUGGGCUCCAGGCUUCAUAUCCCGGCGGUGGCCAGGAGGGGAUGCGCCGGGGCUGCUAUCCCGGUGGACGAUGUAGUGAACGGGCUCACCGAAGAGCAGAUACAGCUCAGGCAGACAGUUCGCAAAUUCUGUGCAGAGAAGCUGGCGCCUUAUGCAGACGAAAUUGACAAGAAGAAUGACUUUCCAGGAAUGCGGAAAUUUUGGAAAGAGAUGGGGGAGAUGGGCCUGCUUGGGAUGACUGCUCCAGUGGAGAUUGGGGGCACAGGAUUGGGUUACUUAGAUCAUUGCAUUGUGAUGGAGGAACUGUCACGAGUGGCUGCAGGUGUUGCUCUCAGCUACGGUGCCCACUCCAACCUCUGCAUCAACCAGUUGGUACGCCACGCAAACGCAAAGCAGAAGGAGAAGUACUUGCCAAAGUUAAUAACAGGAGAGCAUGUCGGAGCUCUGGCAAUGAGUGAAGCCAAUUCUGGUUCUGAUGUUGUAUCGAUGAAACUCAAAGCCAAGAAGAAAGGUGACUAUUAUGUCCUGAAUGGCAACAAGUUCUGGAUCACAAAUGGCCCAGAUGCUGAUGUCCUUAUUGUUUAUGCUAAGACAGACCCUGAAGCCCAUCAAAGAGGCAUCACAGCCUUUAUUGUUGAAAAGGAAACGCCAGGAUUCUCCACAGCACAGAAGCUCGACAAACUAGGCAUGAGGGGAUCCAACACGUCUGAGCUGAUCUUUGAGGACUGUAAAAUCCCAGAGUCAAACGUCCUUGGUCACUUGAAUAAAGGAGUGUAUGUGCUGAUGAGUGGCCUCGAUCUGGAGAGACUGGUGCUUGCAGCAGGACCAGUUGGCAUCAUGCAGGCGGUUUUGGACUCUGCGGUUCCUUACUUACACGUCAGAGAAGCGUUUGGACAGAAGAUUGGUCAUUUUCAGCUAAUGCAAGGCAAGAUGGCCGACAUGUACACCAGACUGAGCUCCUGUCGGCAGUAUCUGUACAACGUUGCUCGGGCUUGUGACAAAGGACACAUUAAUUCUAUGGAUUGUGCUGGAGUUAUUCUGUAUUGUGCGGAGAACGCCACUCAGGUUGCUUUGGAUGGUAUUCAGUGUUUGGGUGGGAACGGUUAUAUCAACGAUUACCCCAUGGGACGGUAUCUGCGUGAUGCAAAGCUGUAUGAAAUCGGCGCAGGCACCAGUGAAAUACGCCGACUCGUCAUUGGAAGAGCCUUGAACGCCAUGUUCAGAUAAACAGGACAGGAAGGAGAAAUAAGACUGAAUCAGAGGUCUGUCACCAAUUAAGACUCCUGAUCAAAGUGAUUGUUUCUGCUCUUGGUUGAAUCAGUAUCGUCUGACAUUUCAGUCCAUCUACACAAUACAUGAAAUAGCUGGCGCUGUGGUGGUGUCUCAAGCUGUCUGGCAAUGGGAAGAACAAAUGCUGAUGUUGGUUUGUGGCGUUGAGGUUGUGUUGUUUUCUUUUUUAAGCCACUACUCUCGAUCACUCAUUUAACGACUGAAAUGGCAAUGAAGCAAAUAACCCUACAGAUUUUUCUUUUAAAAAUAUAAUAGACCUUAGUGUUUUUAUGCAGCACACAUGGUGUGGAUUGGAAAUAUAGCACAGUAUACAGGUCUACGUGCCUUUUCUAAGGGAAACACAAGAUGAGUUUGAAGAUGAAGAUUGAUUUCAACGUUCAUUAAUGAUCAUCUGAGUGAUGUCGGUGAGAAUGUCUUCCCAUGUAACUCAAACCUCCCUUUCACAGUGUCUGUAGUGUUUAGCAUUAAAUAAAAGUAUUAAAUGAGA